GCGUUGCCUAUGCACGUGAUCUCUACCAGGCAAAAAAAGAAAGGGCGAGUCUGUUUGUUAUCUUUAAAUCCUUUUGGUUGCAGAGAGAACAUUACACGGAGCUUGUGUUUGGUGAAGAAAUAUAAACGUCAGUGAUCUUUAUAUAUAACGAUAAGACAUAGUUAAGUAGAAGAAACCAACGCCGCCCUCCCUUUUCUUCUCUACCACGAAAACUACUUCAAACUGAUCCCAAAAAACUGAUAUAAAGACUCGGAAUUAAAUCCCAAAGUCAGAAUUUAGGAAUUUCCUUGAUCCACAUUGUUGUCUGCAAGAUUUGUCUAGAUAAUCUUCCUUAUAAGGUUGCUUCCUUAUAAGAUAUGGAAAAUCCUGCAACAGCAACAAAGGAAGGAAAGAUAUUCAACGAUCCAAUUCAUGGCUUCAUCAAGCUUGAUCUUUUGUUGGUCAAAAUUAUCAACACACCACAAUUCCAGCGUUUGAAAGAUAUCAAGCAGUUGGGAAUCUGUGACUUCGUUUACCCUGGAGCAACUCACACUAGGUUCGAACAUUCUCUUGGAACUUCUUAUUUGUGUGGGAAGUUGAUUGAUACACUACAAGAGCUUCAUCGUGGAGAGAUUGAGAUCACAGAUAAAGAAUGCAUGUGUAUCAAAAUAGCAGGACUUUGUCAUGAUCUUGGCCAUGGACCGUUCUCUCAUUUCUUUGAAGAAGAGUACAUCAAAAAGCAAAGACCUGAGUGGCAGCAUGAGGAUGCGUCUUGUGAACUUUUCGAAUUCAUGCUCAAGGAAAACUCGGAACUUAAGCAGAGUUUUGAUGAUUUUCCACUUGAUCACACAGACAUAAAAUUCAUCAAGGAACUUAUCAAAGGUAAAAAUCCCAAUGAUGUGACAAGAAAAUGUGAGUUGACUCACAAAUAUAAAUGCUUUCUUUAUGAAAUCGUGUCGAACAAAAGAAAUGGUAUCGACUGUGACAAGUUUGAUUAUUUCGCCCGUGACUGCGCUAAUGUUGGAGUGAAAAGUACAUUUGACCAUCGACGCUACUUUCAAAAUGUUCGCAUCAUGUCUAACCCUGAUAACCAACAACUCCAGAUCUGUGUACGUGACAAAGAGGUGUUUAACUUGUACGAGUUAUUCCACACCCGUUGGUCCCUUCAUCAGAGAGUUUACCAACACAAAACUAAAGCACCUAUAGAAGACUUGCUCUUUCAAGCGUUUGAGAAAGUCGACGAAGUCAUGAAAAUUUCAGACGCUGUGAAAAAAGCAGUAAAAGAUAGAGAUAUGGGACAAUACUGCGUCCUAACAGACAGCAUUCUUCAUGACAUAUUGCGAAACGAAACGCCUGUUUUCAAAGAAGCGCAAGAUUUGAUAAAACGCAUACAAAACCGCAAAAUUUACAAGUUUUGCGGCCAAAGUCGGCAAAUUUUGCGGCCAGAAUCAAAAGACGAUAGCCCCAGUCUGCAAGAAUCAAAAGACAAGUCCAGUUCACCAGAAUUAAAAGACGACGAAAUUUGUACAAAAAUUGCCGAAGAUUUAGCUCAAAAUUCCGAAGGAAAGUUAAAAAAAGAGGAUACAUUUGUUUUCCCCGUUAAAAUCAAUUUUGGAAUGAAAGGUAAAAAUCCAAUUGAUGCUGUGAUGUUUUUCAAUAAGUCUCUCGAAGUAAUAAGAAUAAAGAGAGAACAAGUGAGUGGAAUAUUGCCACGAGAUUUCGAGGACAAAUACUUUAGAGUUUACGCAAGAAACCCCGAUCAUAAAGAACUGAUCAGACAUUUGUUUAUAAAAUGGUGCUCCGGGCAGAAAAAUUUUCAAGAACCUUUUGGAGGAUAAAAAAACAGUUUAAAGUCAGUGUUUCUAUGUCUAACUGUUUUGAAAAUGCACUUUACGAUUUCUUAAUUACAUAAUCACUAGUAGUUGUAAUGUAUUACAUCAAAGCCCAAGCGAAGGAUAAAAGAAAAAUGACGAGCAAAAUGUUAGCUAAACCUUGCUAAUCAUAUUUUACCUUGCAAAUCAGGAUAAAUUGUAUCAAAUUCAACAAAAUGAUUAAAUAUGCUCUUAUAAA